GGGUCACGAGACGGGAUGGGAAGGGCGGGGCAAGUAUAUUAUCAGGGACCCCGAGGUCGUGGUCGCCAGUCACCCUCUGCCAGUAAGUGGGAACGUAUCGCUCUCACUCAGCGCCCCACAGCCACGCCACAGCGCUCACACACAACAAUGGACACCUUGUCGACGCGGGCCUCCUCUGCUAAUUACUUCUUCUUCUGCUUCACGUCAUUUUUGUUGCUGACAGGUACAGGGGCGGCCCGGCGACCCGACUUCAGGCACGGCGGCUUCCCCAAGUUCCCCCUGGGUCCCAGUGUCAUCCUGGAGAACACAAAUGCGGGCGGCAGGCAGAAGAAUGAGCAGAACUUCCAGGGAACGACCUGCGGGAAAGUUGCAAUGGCCAGGAUAAUCGGCGGCGGCGCCUCCGAGUAUGGAAACCACCCAUGGCAGGCAGAGAUCGAGGUAUCCGGUAGAGGGGAUAACUUCGGUCACCACUGCGGGGGCGCGAUCAUCUCCCCCCAUCACGUCCUCACCGCUGCCCACUGUCUUCAGAAGAGCCGCUCUCGCCACGAGUACCGCAUCAAGGUCGGCGAACACAACUUGAUGGAAAAGGAUGCGGACGAGCAGCUGUUGGAAAUCGAGAACUGGGUGGUACAUCCCAACUUUGGCAAGGACGGACAGUACAACAACGACGUGGCGGUGGUAAAAAUCCGGACACCGAACGGUAGAGGGCUCAAUAUAACCAGGUUCGUGACUCCUGCUUGCCUGCCCUCCGCCGACACGCGCUACGAGCCGGGCACUCUUUGCCAGGUGUCAGGAUGGGGACUGACAGACCCUGAGAACACGCAUUCCAAACCACAGAUUUUACACAGCACGGACGUUUUCUUGGUGGCCAAUAACAUGUGCCAGGAGUUGCACGGAUCUCGCGGCUACGGGCCUGGCAUGAUCUGCGCCGGCCACCUCGAGGGUCUGAAGGACUCCUGCAACGGGGAUUCGGGGGGACCUCUUGCGUGUAAAAUUAACGGAUCGUACACAGUGAUGGGUCUGGUGUCGUGGGGCAAGAGCUGUGGCAAGGCAAUGCAGCCUGGCGUGUACACAGACAUCCAAUACCACAUUGACUGGAUCCACGACGUCAUGGCAAGAACUCAGUGAUGUGUGCUUUGAGGCAUCCACUUAGUACACACACUUUAUUACAGCCAAAGAGACUCUCUGAAACUCCUUUGAAAAGCAUCUGCUUGGUGACUCAGCCAACAAAAGUUGUGCUUCGUGUCUCAAAUGACCACAUUGCUAAAACUUAUGUUGCCAUUCCUGGAAAAUGUGCAGCUCUUUGCUAAAUUACCAAGAAUAUGAAAACUCCUUUGUUGUACAGUAUGUAGUAAUGUGACAAAAAUAUUGGAAUAUAGUCAUGUAACACUAAGCACAACACAUGCACAUAAGCAAUUCAUAUUGGAAAUAAUUUUCAUAGAAGGUUAAAUUGUACUGCAGUGCUCUGCUGUUCAGUACUAACAGGCAAUGGAUGGUGCCAUCACUGUACACUUGCAGUAAUAAUCCAUGCUUCAAAUGAUUUUCAUGUGACUUUCUGGAAUUAACUGAAACACAAUCCUAACAAUGGUCAUGAAAAUUCCAUCUGACUAGUAUGAAAGCACUUGAUAAAAAAUGAAGUUAUGAACACCACUUAGAAUUUGAAAUAUAAAAAUAAUAUUCAAAUAAUGAAUAAAAGUCCACAUUAUAACCUUCAAAAUAGGUAGUCAGAUGACUACUUUGAAUGGAAUCAAAGUCAUGUCAGUUUUCAUUUGCACACAAAAACACUGAAUAGAAAGACAAAGGAUAACAGAAGCAAAACUGUUGGACUGCUUCACAUUUAAGAAAACUAUAGCAAAAGUUUUGUCUGAUCUAAAGCAUUCAGGUUUUUGUCACAUUUCUAUUUUGAUACAAUAUGUUCAUUGAGAGAGAGAGAGAGAGAGAGAGAGAGAGAGAGAGAGA